GUGUGUGUGUGUGCCAGUGAAUGUGCUAGUGUGUGUGUGUGUGUUGUUCCAGUUUUUUUUUCUUGUUGGAAUUGAUAAGAUAAGAAGCGGUUUGCCAGUGCAUUAUACAUAAACAACACCAACAGAGUUAUGCUGCCCUGUGUGAUCUGGUCAGGGCUACUCCUGCUGCUGAGUCUUGGCUCGGGAGUCUUGGCCAUCGACUGCCCUUGGCCAUGCAAAUGCACUUGGGUGGUGGACAGUCUCUAUGCAAAUUGCUCAGGUCGUGGUUUGAAGACUUAUCCACUAUUCGAUAAUAAUAUACCCAUUGAGCAUUUGGAUUUGUCGGGCAAUGGAUUCCUCGAGUUUCCCACUCAAUAUGCAGAUAUUGAUUCGCUCAUCUAUUUGGACCUGUCGGACAAUGAGAUUUCAUUUCUGGAUACCCGAAGUCUCAUUGGUUUCACCUCAUUGCGCACCCUGCUGCUGGCCAAUAAUUCGAUCACCAGCUGGUCUGAUCUCAGUCCCAAUGAGGCCUUUGUGAAUGCUCCCAGUCUGAAGCGUCUGAGCCUAAGUGGCAAUCAUUUUGGUAGCUUUGGCAAUGAGGAAGCGCCACAGCAACUAAAGAGUCAAUCGCUGACUGAAUUGGAGUUGGCCAAUUGUGGCAUCAAUUCAAUGGGCGGGGAUCAGCUGGUUAAUCAAUUACCAAAUCUGGAACGUCUCUCGCUGGCCAAUAACAAACUCGUCCAAUUGGCUGCCUUGCCCUCGAGAAGUCUGAGGACCCUUGAUCUCAGCAAUUGCAGUGUUCAGCUAUUGUCAUCGCAUUUCAUUGAGGCUCUGCCCAAUCUGGAGGCUCUGAAUUUGUCUAGGAACACAGAACUGCAAUUUGGCUCCGAAGAUGGCGAUCUAAUCAUGGCCUACGAACUACGCAAACUGGAGGCUUCCCACUGCAAUAUGAAUCAGAUUGACCUAAGCGGUUUGCCACUGUUAAGCGAGGUGGACUUGAGUGGUAAUCUCUUGCGCUCUGUGGAUGCUUAUACCUUUCAGAAUAAUACUUUGUUGGAGGUGAUAAAUCUAUCGGAGAAUUUCUUACGACAAAUUGGCAGCGAUGCCUUUGCCAAUUUGAAACGUCUAAAACAAUUGAAUUUGGCUUACAAUGAGAUUGCUCGACUGGAUCGAAAUGUUAUACGGAAUAAUGAUGUUUUGGUUGAACUCAAUUUAAGUCGCAAUGUCAUUCAGAAGUUCACCAGAAUCGUAUCGAAUUCGGUGAGGGUAAUCAAUAUGAGUUGGUGUGAAAUUACAUCCAUCGAUAGCUCCAGUCUGACCAGUUUAUCGGCCAUCCAGAAAUUGGAUUUAUCUCAUAAUCUAAUCAGCGAUAUUCCCAAUCUAAUGCGUUCGGAAACAUUGCAGUCAUUGAAUCUAGGCAAUUGCAGACUCUCAACAAUACGAAAUAAUACUUUUCGAGAUUUUCCCGAAUUGGCCGAUUUGCAUUUGAAUGGAAACCGCCUGACAAAUCCCAUAGAUCCGGAAUAUUUCCGUUCUAAUAAAUAUCUAGAUCAACUCUGGCUGGGUGAUAAUCCUUGGAUAUGCGAUUGCCAGAGUCCUGAAUUUGUGGAAUUCUAUGAUUUCAUCACAGUUAAGCCAGCAAAGAUUAGAGACAAACAUCAUUUGCGUUGCGCUUCACCUGCUCCAUAUUAUGGGAAAUUAUGGGAUCAUGCCUGUAUAGAUGAAUGGAUGGCCAGAUCAAAGGGUAGUAAUGGUGAAAAAGUUUGGUCCACCAUUUUGGUCACACUUUUGGUAAUUGGUGGACUGAUUUUGGCCUAUGCCUGCAUGCAGAAGUUACUACGUAAACGUAAAAGACGUCAAGAUCAUCGGGAAUAUGCGGAUAAUCAUGCCGAAGCAAGGCGCAUACGAGAUAUCAACGAACGCAUGUUACAGGAGGAGACCUCAUCGACAAUGCAUAUUGCCCAAGAGGCUCAACAGGAGAGCUUGUUGCCCUCUUACGAGGAUGCCUUGAGAAUGCCCAAACUGGUGCGUCCAGCCAAAUCCAUGGGUGAUCUCUUGGGCAACGAAAGACCACGUUCACGUAAGCUGCGACGUUCCCAGACCCAAGCGGAUGGAGAGAACUCUCAUUCGGAGCAAGAGAACGAUGAUCUGCAAUUGGACACUCGUCAGAGAUUCCGCAGCGUGGAAAUGCUUUCGAAUCGGGACAAAGAACGUACUGCUCCACAUGGACGAAAUCAACGGCGGACUGGCUAUGUGGGUUACACCAAUCAAUCGGGCAGUCGUCGCUUUAGCAUCGAGGAUUCACGUUUCCCUCCGGCCCAUCUGAAGUCGCAGAAUUUGCAGAGUGCCGAACAAAUUGGCAAUUUCCAGAGCUACGAGAAUAGUCCGUAUACAAAGAGAAAGCCAAAGAUAGCAGAAAUACCACCCUUUAAGAGAAUCAAUAUGAUAGCUGAUAGUGUGGAAUUCCUUACGGAUAAUGAGUACGAGGAAGUUAACGUUGGCCCUGGCCGCAGUCCGUUUGCCAAGCGUAAGCCAAAGACGCCAAUUGGUAUUCCAGCACAGCCAGCUUUACCGCUCCAGGUGAUCACAGCUCAGGUGUAUACCGCCAAAGAACUGGAACCCGCUGUAGAGGAUUACUUUGGGUCGACCCAGAAACAACAAACCAAAGGAGGCUCCUCCUCGACCAUUGCCAGCGACUUUCAGCAGCUGGAAUUGGAACCCGAACUGACAUCGUUACCUGAUGAGAAUCGAUCAAAUAUAUCCACCUCGGAUGCGGAGCAGGACAUGGAGCGUGGCAAGCGUAAGAAGCGCAAGAAUUCGGCCAGUCGUAGGGUGAGCGGCAGCUUUGCAGCCGCCAGUGGCAGUUUGUCUUCCAGUGAUGCUGAGGAGCAGGUCCGCAAGCCCAUGCGAGAAACUCUAUUCUAAGUAGCUCUCACUCUCCCUCACAUAUUACUUCCAUUUGUUAAAUCCAACACAAAACAUUUUUAUAUAUAUUUAUUUAAACACACACAAAAUUACAAAAAAAAA